AUGUCUGAGGCUGCGGUCAAGUCUGCCGUAGCAAAUAUUGAGCAAAAUGGGACAAAUAUACACGAUAAAAGGACCAUAGCGGCCCAAUUAAAAACCGUUAUGGGACUCCGAGGCAGCGACGGACAGCCUGGUAAAUUUACUCACCCCGCUGAGGUAGCGGCCAUGGACAAG